AUUUGUUGUAUAAAAUAUAUAAUAUAUAUUUUACAAUUUUUUUUAUUAUUAGCUACAUUGUUUUUGGAAUUAUGGAAAAGAUAUUCAGCAGAAAUUACUCAUAAAUGGGAUUUAACUGGUUUGGAUGCUCAAGAGGAACAUCCUCGUCCUCAGUACUUAGCACGUUUAGCACAUAUAAAAAAAAAAUCGCUCAAUAUUAUCACAAAUACAGAAGAACCGAAAGUUCCCUUUUGGAAGAUGAGAGUUCCUGCUACAAUUCUCAGUUUCUCCGUCGUUUUACUGCUGAUUGCAAUAGCAAUGGCUGCUGUCUUAGGUGUCGUUUUAUAUAGAAUGUCUGUUUUGACUGCUUUAAGUGUUUAUGGACAUCCUAUGGUAACAAGUUAUGCAAUAUUAUUUACUACAGCUACUGCUGCUAGUAUUAAUUUGUGUUGCAUUAUAAUAUUUAAUUGGGUUUAUGUUUGGUUAGCUGAAUAUUUAACAGAGAUCGAAUUACUUCGAACCCAAACUGAAUUUGAUGAUAGUUUAACAUUAAAAAUAUAUCUACUCGAAUUUGUUAACUAUUAUGCUUCCAUAUUUUAUAUAGCAUUUUUUAAAGGAAAGUUCGUUGGUUAUCCUGGAAAUUAUAAUCGCUUCUUUCAUUAUCGACAAGAAGAAUGUGGUCCUGGUGGUUGUCUUAUGGAAUUAUGUAUACAGUUAAGCAUUAUUAUGAUUGGCAAACAGGCCAUGAAUACGAUAUUAGAAAUGUUGUUUCCAUUAUUUUACAAAUGGUUAAAUACUUUAAAAGUACAUGUUGGAAUGACAACAGAAGAUGGACAAAGAAAAAUUACUACUAGAAAAUAUCUCCAAUGGAUUAAGGAUUAUAAGUUAGUGGAAUGGGGUCCAAGAAGUUUAUUUCCUGAGUAUUUAGAAAUGGGUAUUGUAUUACAAUAUGGGUUUGUUACUAUCUUCGUCGCUGCAUUUCCAUUAGCACCAUUUUUUGCAUUACUGAAUAAUGUUUUUGAAAUGCGAUUAGAUGCGAAAAAAUUGUUAACAAUGUAUAGAAGACCAGUUGGACAACGUGUUACUGAUAUAGGCAUAUGGUACCGUAUUUUAGAUUCCAUUUCUAAAUUAUCUGUUAUAACUAAUGCAUUCAUUAUAGCUUUUACUUCGAAUUUUAUACCUAGAUUAGUUUAUCGAAUAAUUGUCUCUGAUAAUUAUUCUCUAGAAGGAUUUCUAGACCAUUCUCUUUCAAAGUUUAAUACAAGUGAUUUAAAAAACGGUACUGAACCAUUUUCAACAUCUACUCAGCAAGUUGAAAUAUGUAGAUAUCCAGAUUAUAGGGAACCACCCGAUUCAUCAAAUAAAUAUCAAUAUACUAUUAUGUUUUGGCAUGUACUUGCGGCAAGAUUAGCUUUCAUUGUUGUUUUUGAGAAUAUUGUUGCUCUUGUAAUGAUAUUAGUGCGAUGGUGUAUUCCUGAUAUGAAUCCGAAGUUAAGGGAUAAAAUUCGACGUGAAGCAUAUAUAACUAAUGAAAUAAUUAUUCAACAAGAAACACUUCGUGCUUGUGAACGAUCUACUGAUUUAGAUGCAAAUCAACAGUUAAUUAGAUUAAACGAAAAUGCAAAUCGAUGGAAUAGAGUUAUGAGAAGUAGUUUAUCUAAUUCUGAAUUCGAUUUAGAAAUUCACGGAAGUCCUGUAUCACCACCUAACACACAUUCACGUGUUAGUCCUGCCGCAUUAUGAUCAUUUUCAGAUCAAAAAAAUAAAAAAUUCAAUAAAAAAAAUUAUAAUUGUGAUUCUAGUCACAUAUUCUAUAUUGAUUUCAUUGAUUUGACAAUUUUUAAAAAUAUAUAAAUGUAUUAUAUAUUUGAUAAAAAUAUAAUACAUAUAAAG